GCUGAACUGGGGGGACGCCCGAGCUGCGAGGAUCCGGGCUGCCCGCAGGACGAGGAGCGGGCGCCCAGGAUGGGGUGCGUGAAGUCCAAGUUCCUCCGGGACAGAGGCAAGGUCUCGAAAACUGAGCCCAGUGCCAACCCACAGAGCCCCCUGUAUGUGCCGGAUCCCACGUCCACUGGCAAGCGGCGACUUGACACCAGCAACGGCAACCCCACGGGGUCCGCGGAGGCAGGUCCCGAGGACAUCAUCGUGAUUGCCCUGUAUGAUUACGAGGCCAUUCACCGUGAAGACCUCAGUUUCCAGAAGGGAGACCAGAUGGUGGUCCUGGAGGAGUCUGGGGAGUGGUGGAAGGCUCGGUCCCUGGCCACCAGGAAAGAGGGCUAUAUCCCGAGCAACUACGUCGCCCGCAUUGACUCCCUGGAGACGGAGGAGUGGUUCUUCAAGGGCAUCAGCCGGAAGGAUGCAGAGCGCCAACUCCUGGCCCCUGGCAACGUGCUGGGUUCCUUCAUGAUCCGGGACAGCGAGACCACCAAAGGGAGCUACUCGUUGUCCGUGCGAGACUACGACCCCCAGCACAGGGACACAGUGAAACAUUAUAAGAUCCGGACCCUGGACAACGGGGGCUUCUACAUCUCCCCACGAAGCACCUUCAGCACCCUGCAGGAGCUGGUGGCCCACUACAAGAAAGGGAGCGAUGGACUCUGCCAGAAGCUGACGGUGCCCUGCGUGUCCUCCAAGCCCCAGAAGCCAUGGGAGAAAGAUGCCUGGGAGAUCCCCCGGGAAUCCCUCAAACUGGAGAAAAAGCUUGGAGCCGGGCAGUUUGGGGAAGUCUGGAUGGCCACCUACAACAAGCACACCAAGGUGGCCGUGAAGACGAUGAAGCCGGGUAGCAUGUCUGUGGAGGCCUUCCUGGCAGAGGCCAACCUGAUGAAAACUCUACAGCAUGACAAGCUGGUGAAGCUGCACGCAGUGGUCACAGAGGAGCCCAUCUACAUCAUCACGGAGUUCAUGGCCAAAGGAAGCCUGCUGGACUUCCUGAAAAGUGACGAAGGCAGCAAGCAGCCACUGCCCAAGCUCAUUGACUUCUCGGCGCAGAUUGCGGAAGGCAUGGCCUUCAUCGAGCAGAGGAACUACAUUCACCGAGACCUCCGGGCCGCCAACAUCCUGGUCUCCGCGUCCCUGGUGUGCAAGAUUGCCGACUUCGGCCUGGCGAGGAUCAUCGAGGACAACGAGUACACGGCCCGGGAAGGGGCCAAGUUCCCCAUCAAGUGGACAUCUCCUGAAGCCAUCAACUUUGGCUCCUUCACCAUCAAGUCAGAUGUCUGGUCCUUUGGUAUCCUGCUGAUGGAGAUCGUCACCUACGGCCGAAUCCCAUACCCAGGGAUGUCAAACCCUGAGGUGAUCCGGGCGCUGGAGCGCGGAUACCGGAUGCCCCGGCCAGAGCACUGUCCCGAGGAGCUCUACAACAUCAUGACUCGCUGCUGGAAGAACCGCCCUGAGGAGCGGCCCACCUUUGAAUAUAUCCAGAGUGUGCUGGACGACUUCUACACAGCCACUGAGAGCCAGUACCAACAGCAGCCAUGAUGUGUGGGACAAAGGCAGGG